AUGGAUUGGAACUCAUUGUUUCAAGUCCAGGGAGAGAAGCGUCCUAGUAUAGUUGAGCGGUUUCCUACACUAUUUGGUCCAGGAGUCGGUACCUUGAAAGUAAGUCAAGUCAGGAUAACACUGAAAGAGGGAGCUCAAUCGAAGUUCUAUAGAUCCCGUCCUGUACCGUACGCGUUACAAGAGAAAGUGGACAGUGAGCGAUCUCGGUUGCAAAGUGAAGCCAUACUGAGACCUGUGGAAAGCAGUCAGUGGGCCGCGCCCAUAGUACUAGUCUGGAAAGCAGAUGGGACUGUGCGUCUGUGUGGAGAUUACAAAGUGACAAUUAAUCCUUAUUUAGAGAGCAAUCCAUACCCUAUGCCUAAUCCUAAAGAUCUGUUUGCCACACUAGCAGGAGGAGCCAUAUUUUCAAGGCUGGAUAUGAAACAUGCUUACCAACAGUUGCAAGUGAAGCUAGACAGCCAAGAAUAUCUGACCGUGAAUACCAGUAAGGGGCUGUUCGCUUACGUAAAAUCAAAUACCGUUUGGGAUCAGCACAGCAUCCAGCAUCUGGCAGAGAGAAAUGAAUAG